AUGAGGGAUGAGAUAGAAUAUUGCGGUUAUAAAAUCAGCAAGAGAGGCCUACACAAGGCAGAUCAGAAAAUAAAAAGUGUUGUAAAGGCUCUCACACCUAAAAGUGUAUCAGAAUUGCAGGCUUUACUUGGUUUAGUUAAUUACUAUGGGCGUUUCAUUCCAAAUUUAAGUGACAUUCUAGAACCUUUGCAUGAAUUGUUGCGUAAAGGGAAGGAGUGGGUAUGGACAGAUAAUUGUGAAAAAUCAUUAAAAAAAAUUAAAGAGCACAUGAUGUCAGACACUGUACUUGCGCACUACUCACCUGAUUUACCCUUGAUUGUGGCCACGGACGCAUCGCCGACGGGGGUGGGAGCGGGUUUUAAUUAUAGUAUUAGAUAUAAAACUUCUAAAGCAAAUGCGAACGCGGAUGCGCUAUCCCGUUUGGCAGCAUUUGACGAAGAACGUAUUUCUGUAGAGGAAGCUGACAUUUUUCAAAUGAGCCUAAUGAAUGUUCUGCCGGUUACUGAACACGACAUUUCACAAGCGACUCUUGAGGACCCAACGCUCUAA